CACCCAGAAGCAAGAGAUGUCCAUUUCAAGUCAGGCCUCUCAGCCGUGGAACUGACUGGCUGCCUGAACAUGGACUGCUUUGUUUAGCCAUGGGGCAAACACAGCAAACAGGGAGUUGUGAGGAGAUUGAUGUCAAAGCCAUUCAGGAUAUGUAUAAAAAAUUUGUGCUGGAGUGCCCGAGUGGAGUACUGUUUUUGCACGAGUUUAAACGUUUCUUUGGUGUGGACCCAACAGGGGAAGCAUCUGAUUAUGCGGAGAAUAUGUUCCGAGCCUUUGACAAGAAUGGGGACAAUACGAUCGAUUUUCUUGAAUUUGUAGCAGCACUGAAUCUUGUUUUUCGGGGAGACUUGGAGCAUAAACUACGCUGGUCAUUCAAGGUGUAUGACAAAGACGGUAAUGGCUACGUGGACAGGAAUGAGCUGCGGUCAAUUAUUGAUAGCAUCUAUCGGAUCAAGAAAUACUCAAAGAAAGACAUGAGCGAACCCCAUCUUACAGUUGAUGAGGUUGUGGAACGAAUAUUAGAUGCUGUUGAUUUUGACAGAGAUGGUCACAUUACUUUGGAUGAGUUUGUUAAAGGCGCACAACAAGAUCCAUGGUUGCUUAAUAUGUUGAGGUUGGACAUGAAUCCGGCUGGAUGGGUUAUGGAGAACAGAAGAAAGAGUGCACAUUUCUGAUGUGUCAGAUUCAUACUUGGUGUGAUGUGAAACAGAUGCAGUCAUGGCAAAAGCACGGCAGAUUUUUAUUCCAAUCUGGUGAAAGCCUAAUCUGGCUAACCAGGCUGACUUAUGCCACAUGCACUGCGUCAGUCAGUCUGGUAAGGAGCUGGCAGACCCGAUUUCAAAGGCAGGACCAACAGGGUCAGUGUCAACAGGCUACAACCAAUCGGAUAACUACGGAUGUGACGCAAAAAUCUCCAAGCGACGCAUUCUGUUUUUUUUCAAUUUGUAGUCUGUGAAAUAUGUCCUGCCAUCGAGCAAACUCUCCAGGGAUAACAUUUUUGCCGCUUUUGUCUAAAAAAAGGGUACAUGGUGUACUCACAUGCACAUUAUGAAUUUUCCAAGGCACCAAGCAACAGACGUUUCUUUAUGAAUAUUGUUAUGGCACCAGAAAAGUGCUGCUGCAUUAUGGGUAAUUCUGCUGCUGAGAGUGAUGCAUUGUAAGGUCCCACCUCCCGCGCUGUGAUUGGUCCGGUCUGUUUUGGGCCGGAUGGAAUGGAGCCUUACCAGACUGAUUUAUGCUCCGUGUAAUUCAGUCUGCCUGGCCAGGCUAGUAAAAGCCAUCUCAUUUUCCAUCCGUCUAUGCAGUUUCGUUUGAGCAGUUAGUUUUACAUUAACCAGUUAAAAAAUGUAUUGUUUUCAUCCAUUUUAAUUAGUUAACCAUGAUUUGGCUUUUCACACUAUAACAACCCAUUACAAUAAUUAUUGUAGAAAAAAAAGGAUGUUUAUUGGCUUGUGUACAUGACUCUGGUUUCACUGUUACUGCUCUUCUAACGACCAUGCUUCAAUUUACUCACCGAAAAUAUUCUACCACCAUUCCUGUUUAGUUAUUUCUAAUGGUGCAUUUUACACAAAUCAAAAGCCUUCUUGUCAAAGUGUCAAUGUGUAAAUAAUGACUUAAUAUAAUGCUUUUUUAAAAA